AUAAGUGAAAUAAAUCACUCUAUGGUGACUGAAUUCAUUUUUCUGGGACUCUCUGAUUCUCAGGAUCUCCAGAUUUUCCUAUUUGUGUUCUUUUUUGUAUUUUAUGUAGGAAUUGUGUUUGGAAAUCUUCUCAUUAUCAUAGCUGUGGCUUCAGACCCUCACCUUCACUCCCCCAUGUACUUCCUGCUAGCCAACCUCUCACUCAUUGAUCUGUCUCUGUCUUCAGUCACUGCUCCCAAGAUGAUUACUGACUUUUUCAGUAAGCACAAAGUCAUCUCUUUCAAGGGCUGUCUUGCUCAGAUAUUUCUCCUUCAUUUCUUUGGUGGAAGUGAGUUGGUGAUCCUCAUUGCCAUGGCCUUUGACAGAUACGUAGCCAUCUGUAAACCCCUCCGCUACACUACAAUCAUGUGUGGCAAUGUAUGUGUUGGUAUUGUGUUUGCUGCAUGGGGAAUUGGCUUUCUCCACUCAGUGAGCCAGUUGGCCUUUGCAGUGAACUUACCCUUCUGUGGCCCCAAUGAGAUUGAUAGCUUUUACUGUGACCUUCCUAGGGUAAUUAGACUCGCUUGUACAGAUACCUACAGGUUAGGUAUCAUGGUUAUUGCUAACAGUGGUGUGCUCACUGUGUGUUCUUUCGUUCUCUUAAUCAUCUCCUACACCAUCAUCCUGAAGACCAUCCAGCACCGUCCUUCGGAUAGGUCGUCCAAGGCCCUAUCCACUUUAACUGCUCACGUCACAGUAGUUCUUCUGUUCUUUGGACCCUGUAUCUUUAUUUAUGCCUGGCCAUUUCCCAUCAAGUCAUUAGAUAAAUUUUUUGCUGUAUUUUAUUCCGUGGUCACUCCUCUCUUGAACCCAAUUAUAUACACAUUGAGGAACAAAGACAUGAAGACUGCAAUGAGAAAGCUGAAAAACCGCAAUGUGAAUUCUAGAGUAAAAUCUUAG